AUGACCCUUCGACAGAACUUCGCAGUCAGGAGCGCCGGAGGCCGGCGCGCAGCUGCGAAGACAGUGACGCGAGGAGCCGGGCGCGGCGCAGGCGCCUUGACGUGUGGUCUCGGAGACGGAGCGUCUGGGUCUUCCUCUGCAACUUCUACCAGGACCGGGGCUUCUACCUGCAGCGGCGCUGGGCGCCGAGGGCCGGCGGUGUCGGAGGCGGAGCCGCCAUUACCAGGGUCUCCGUGGAGGAACCGGGGCAGCUCCUGCACAUCCUGGGAAGAUUGUGGAUGCGCGGAGACCGGGAGGGACGCUGGACACAGGGCACACAGUCGAGGGGAGCAGGGCCCCGCGGCACACGCCAUCUGCCUGGUGCAGCCCAACACCCGAGGGGGAACGCGAGACAGCAACAUCACGGGGGAGAUCCGAAUUCAGAGGCAGAGCAGUAACAGGACGGAGAUCAUGCUGGACCUUCACGGAUUCCCAAGCAACAGGAAAUCGCACGCCAUGCACAUCCACGAGUUCGGGGACCUGAGCCAAGGCUGUGAGACGCUGGGCGGCCAUUUUAACCCUCACAACAAGAAACACGGCAGCCACGCCGGUGAUUUGGGGAACUUCCAGCCCAGUCCAGACGGAGCCGUGCGCCUGACAUUGGCAAACGUGCAGCUGCAUCUCCAGGGGUCCCAUUCCAUCGUCGGCCGAUCCAUCGUGAUCCACGAGAACGAGGAUGACCUGGGUCACCAUGACAGCCCCGGGAGCCUGGUGCAUGGGAACGCCGGACAGCGGUUGGCCUGCUGUGUCAUCGGAGUCGCUUCCGGGCUGGGUUGGCCCACGGGAGUACAAUACACCCGAAUUGUCUUCCGGAAGACGAGGAGGCAGUGACACGAGUGCCAAUGACUGGAGCUUGGUUGGGGCGGGGGGGUGGGGGGGUAAACAGGGGUCGUUGUUCACCUGAGGGACUCGAUGGCAUUGCUCCUGGUGCGAGGGCUUAUUACUUGACGGUGAGUUGGGGAGGGAGGGGGGGUGGUGGGAACGUAUUGACCAGAAUGCGUAAGUGCUCAACAUGGGGGAUUGGUCGACGUGGUCGGCAAGGGGACGCAGUGAGAGGAGAACCGCCCCCCCCCCCCCAACCCCCAAAGGGGGUGCCACCCAAAAACCACACGAGGCUACCCCUCCCCCCCUCCCCCGUCCUCGAGGCACGAUGUCAGCGGCCACGCUAAGGAGGGGCCGUUGCAGGGGUUUGAGGAACGUCUUGGGGUGGGACUGGGCACCAUUUCCUCGGCGACGGGAGCGCCGGCCGACCUUUGACACUCGGCGCCGGGGUUUUGGCGGGGGGUUGGCGGUGAGGCCCUCCCGAUACCUGACGACAACGCGGGGAAGCCGGAGCUGGUGCCUGAAGCGCGGGACGAUUCGAAAUGUUGGCUCCCCCCCCCCCCACCACCCCAAACCCACCGGGGAAGGCCGUGCUCUUGGCUCGGGACUAAGCCGUGUCCGUUUCCACCAGCUCCUCGUCCCAGACAGGCCAAAUUGCCCACCCCCCACCCCACCUCCCCCCCUACCCCCACCGUAAGCCUCUCGUUCUCCUGGACAAGCAGCAGUAAGGGGGUCCACAGGGCCUCCUCUUUGCUCCCAGCCGCACCGGGAACAAGGCCUCCCUCGGUCGCCGACAUCCGCUUGCGUUUCUGUUUUCCCGGCCCCUGUCUCAUGGAGUUGUCCCUUUGAAACAAAAUAAAAGGCUUUCAUUCAUAUCCUU